UCAGUUUUCCGACGAGAAGAAACUACUCUAGGGUUUCUAUUUGUUUCUCUCUCUAUAUCACUUGAUCGCCAUUCCGAGGAAAAUCCUCCGUAGAGAGAGAAACCUUCUUCUUCUACCCCAACUCGCGAAUACCACUUUCUCUCUCUACGAGCUUUAGAAACUGCGUAAUCAUGGCGAACAUGGCGAGAUCUUUCCUUCAAGUGGCAGCGACGGAGGAAGUCGCGUCUCCUCUCAGAGUUGUUCAGAUUGAAGGCCUGGUUAUCCUGAAGAUAAUCAAGCACUGCAAGGAGUUUUCACCCGCUUUAGUCACAGGGCAACUUCUUGGGUUAGAUGUGGGGAGUGUUCUUGAAGUCACCAAUUGUUUCCCCUUUCCGAUUCGGGAAGAGGAUGAGGAGAUUGAAGCAGAUGGUGCUAAUUACCAGCUUGAGAUGAUGAGAUGUCUGAGAGAGGUUAAUGUUGACAAUAACACUGUUGGUUGGUACCAAUCGACUUUGUUUGGUUCUUACCAAACAGUGGAGCUGAUUGAGACCUUCAUGAAUUAUCAGGAGAAUAUUAGACGGUGUGUAUGCAUAAUUUAUGACCCGUCAAGGUCCAAUCAAGGUGUCUUAGCGCUUAAGGCACUAAAGCUUACUGAUUCAUUUAUGGAUCUUUACCGCAAUAACAAUUUUACAGGAGAGAAGUUGAGAGAAAAGAACUUGUCAUGGGUGGAUAUAUUUGAGGAAAUACCUAUCAAAGUCUCUAAUUCUGCACUUGUUAGUGCUUUUAUGACGGAGCUGGAAGCUGAUACACCUGUUACCCAGUGUGACUAUGAUCGUUUGCAACUGUCAACCAGUCCAUUCUUGGAGAGGAAUAUGGAAUUUCUGAUUGAGUGCAUGGACGAUUUGUCGAUGGAACAGCAAAAGUUCCAAUUCCACUACCGAAGCCUGUCGCGUCAGCAAGCCCAGCAGCAAGCAUGGCUUCAGAAGCGAAGGGCUGAGAAUGCUGCAAGGAAGCUCGCAGGCGAAGACCCUUUGCCUGAGGAGGAUCCUUCAAAUCCUAGUUUCAAGCCGAUCCCUGAGCCAUCUCGGUUGGAGAGUUUCCUCAUAACAAAUCAAAUCUCAAACUAUUGCAACCAGAUUAAUGGGGUUGCGGGGCAAAGCUUCAGCAGAUUGUAUUUGAUGAAAGCGUUGCAGGAAGAUUGAUGCAAAGUGGAUUGAUCAGAGGUUUUGCUUGGGAACGGAUCAAAUCUGCGUAAGAUUACUUAAGGAGAAAAUUUUAUCUUUUUGGUCUCGUUAAUUUCUUGACAGAAGAUCGUGAUUGAUUGCCUUGUAAUUUUUAUUAUUUUUAUUUCUUUUUAUUAAUAUUUCCAAUUUUUAGAAGUAUUAUGCCCUUGUGUUUUAGAAAAGCCUAUCUGAUGUGGAAUUAUUUGCCAAUUUGUCUUCCUGGUAGAAUGUCCAAGAAAAUGUUUAAAUCU